CCCCGGGGAGCCCCGUCCCCCCGCCCGGGCCGCGCCUCUCCAUGGCGAAGAAGACGUACGACCUGCUUUUCAAGCUGCUCCUGAUCGGGGACUCGGGCGUGGGCAAGACCUGCGUGCUCUUCCGCUUCUCGGACGACGCCUUCAACACCACCUUCAUCUCCACCAUAGGUAUAGACUUUAAGAUCAAAACAGUUGAAUUACAAGGAAAGAAGAUAAAGCUACAGAUAUGGGAUACAGCAGGCCAGGAGCGAUUUCACACCAUUACAACCUCCUACUACAGAGGAGCAAUGGGUAUCAUGCUAGUAUAUGACAUCACCAAUGGGAAAAGUUUUGAAAACAUCAGCAAGUGGCUUAGAAACAUAGAUGAGCAUGCCAAUGAAGAUGUGGAAAGAAUGUUACUAGGAAACAAGUGUGAUAUGGACGAUAAAAGAGUUGUACCUAAAGGAAAAGGAGAACAGAUUGCAAGGGAGCAUGGUAUUAGAUUUUUUGAGACUAGUGCAAAAGCAAAUAUAAACAUUGAAAAGGCGUUCCUCACGUUAGCUGAAGAUAUCCUCCGAAAGACCCCUGUCAAAGAGCCCAACAGCGAGAACGUCGACAUCAGCAGUGGCGGCGGAGUGACGGGCUGGAAGAGCAAAUGCUGCUGAGCGAGCCUCGCUCCUGCCGGCCGGCCUCCACCUGUUUCUCUUCUUGCUGCAAAAUAAACCGCUCUGUCCAUUUUAACUCUAAACCAGAUAUUUUUGUUCCUCAUCUUGACUGUCUCCAGGCCACCUCUUUUGUUUGUGCUUUCAUCUGUGAUUGCUUGCUGACUUUAUUAUAGUUUACUCCAGACAAGAAAAAAAAAGUGUGAAGACAAAAAUUAUGUCCGUGACUUCAUUUUUUUUAAACGUACUUGCUCAGCUCACCCCGCUGCAUUUCAGUUGUAUUAUAGUCCAGUUCUUAUCCACAUUAAAUCCUAUAGCAAUCAUUUCAGCUCUAUUCUGCAAAUUGUAUAAGAAUAAAAGUUAGAGUUAACAAUUUAA